AAGCAUUUCACUCGACUGUUUGUUUUCUCAUCGACGUACACGUAGUUACCGAAACAGUCCGCUCCACCGAUGAAAAAGAAAAACAUAUUGAGUUUCUUGCGAUCGAUCUACGGCGACAGAUUCAAAUGGUCCAUAGUGAAAAGUAUUGGAAUAUUCGCUCUGGGCAUCAGAAUCGCCCAGGAAUGUGUUGGAGUCGAAGUCAUUCCCUCACAAUAAACAGCUACAUGCAAGGAAGGUACCCCAAUCUAAAUAUGUCCUCAUUUUAAAUGUUUUGGCAGAAUGUAAUAAAAUUAAUAUACAUUUUUAAAACAUACAA